CCAGUCCCUUGGCGACGGGUCUUGUAUGUGACACUCUUGCCCUCUAGUGCCUCACCGGCUUGGUAGCAGUUUGAUGGCUAAUAUUAAUAAGGUGUUACAUAACACAAGAAUACUGGGCCGGGACUGGUACUGCUGCCACUUGUAAAGCCAAAAAGCCUGAGUCGAUGGUAGUGGAUACUGCUGUUUCAGUUUCUUUACUAUUAAAACUUUCUGAAGGUUUUUCAGCUCUUUGAACUUUAAUUCCAGGCUAUAUUUUCUGUGAGUCCUGAUCAAGUGUUACGAAUGUGCUGCAAUGGUGACAUAAAAUCUUGACUGAGACUGGGAAAGUCGCUGAAACACUAUCUUUUCUUUUAUUCUUUUAUUUUUUAUGGUGCUUCGAUUGGGAACAGUCUGAGACAAGUAUAUACAACAUGAGUUUUAUCAUGAAGCUUCACAGGCAUUUUCAAAGGACGGUUGUUCUACUUGCCACUUUUUGUAUGGUGAGCAUCGUUAUUUCUGCUUACUACCUGUAUAGUGGCUACAAACAGGACAAUGAACUCUCUGAGAUGACUUCAGAAGUGGACUGUGGGGACCUUCAGCACUUACCAUACAGGUUAAUGGAUGUAAAAACCACAAAGCCUUUCGAUACCUCAAGGACAGACCCCAUCAUCCUGGUCUUUGUGGAGAGCCAGUACUCAUCCCUCGGUCAAGACAUCAUUAUGAUUCUAGAAUCAAGUAGAUUCCAGUAUCACAUUGAAAUCGCUCCUGGAAAGGGGGAUCUCCCAGCACUUAUAGACAAAACUAAAGGCAAGUAUAUUCUCAUUAUUUAUGAGAAUAUUUUGAAGUAUAUAAAUAUGGACUCUUGGAAUAGAAGUCUGUUAGAUAAAUACUGUAUAGAAUAUGGUGUGGGUGUCAUAGGAUUUCAUAAAACCAGUGAGAAGAGCCUGCAAAACUUUCAGUUAAAAGGUUUCCCUUUUUCCAUAUAUGGAAAUCUUGCUGUAAAAGAUUGUUGCAUUAAUUCUCUUUCUCCACUGCUUCGUGUGACCAAAUCUUCUAAACUUGAAAAAGGUCCUUUGCCUGGAACUGACUGGACAGUUUUUCAGAUCAAUCACUCAGCCUAUCAACCAGUGAUAUUUGCCAAAGUAAAGACCCCAGAAAACCUUUCUCCUUCCAUCUCUAAAGGUGCUUUUUAUGCCACUAUCAUACAUGAUCUGGGGCUUCAUGAUGGAAUUCAAAGAGUUCUUUUUGGCAACAACUUGAACUUUUGGUUGCACAAGCUCAUCUUCAUAGAUGCCAUUUCCUUCUUGUCGGGGAAGAGACUGACAUUGUCCUUGGACAGGUACAUCCUUGUGGACAUUGAUGAUAUCUUUGUGGGAAAGGAGGGAACAAGAAUGAACACCAAUGAUGUUAAGGCCCUGCUUGAUACACAGAAUCUUUUGCGUGCUCAAAUCACAAAUUUUACAUUCAACCUGGGAUUUUCAGGGAAAUUUUAUCAUACAGGAACUGAAGAGGAAGAUGAAGGGGAUGACUGUCUUUUGGGGUCUGUGGAUGAGUUCUGGUGGUUUCCUCAUAUGUGGAGCCAUAUGCAGCCCCACCUCUUCCAUAAUGAGUCAUCGUUGGUGGAACAGAUGAUUCUCAACAAAAAAUUUGCAUUAGAGCACGGCAUUCCUACCGACCUGGGCUAUGCAGUUGCCCCCCACCAUUCGGGUGUCUAUCCUGUGCAUGUUCAGCUUUAUGAGGCCUGGAAGAAGGUUUGGAAUAUUAAAAUCACCAGCACAGAAGAGUAUCCACAUCUAAAACCAGCUCGAUACCGGAGGGGCUUCAUCCACAAAAACAUCAUGGUUCUCCCAAGACAAACCUGUGGGCUUUUCACUCACACGAUUUUCUACAAAGAAUAUCCAGGAGGUCCUAAAGAGCUGGACAAGAGUAUCCAAGGAGGUGAACUUUUCUUCACUGUGGUUCUCAAUCCAAUCAGCAUUUUCAUGACCCAUUUGUCUAACUAUGGGAAUGACCGACUGGGGUUAUACACAUUUGUCAAUCUGGCCAACUUUGUGCAGAGCUGGACCAACCUGCGUCUUCAGACUCUGCCUCCACUGCAGCUGGCCCAUAAAUACUUUGAGCUCUUCCCUGAGCAGAAAGACCCUCUCUGGCAGAAUCCUUGUGAUGACAAACGCCACAGAGAUAUUUGGUCUAAAGAAAAAACCUGUGAUCGCUUACCAAAAUUCUUGGUAAUAGGACCCCAGAAAACUGGUACCACAGCUUUGUAUUUGUUCCUGGUUAUGCAUCCUUCCAUCCUUAGUAACUCCCCCAGCCCAAAAACCUUUGAGGAGGUACAGUUCUUUAAUAGAAAUAACUACCACAGGGGGAUUGAUUGGUAUAUGGAUUUCUUCCCAGUACCAUCUAAUGUCACCACUGACUUUCUGUUUGAGAAGAGUGCCAAUUACUUCCACUCAGAGGACGCUCCUAAAAGAGCUGCUUCUCUGAUCCCCAAAGCCAAGAUCAUCACCAUUCUCAUUGAUCCAUCAGAUCGAGCAUACUCCUGGUACCAGCAUCAGCGAUCACAUGAAGACCCUGCAGCUCUGAAGUUCAGCUUCUACGAAGUAAUCUCAGCUGGUCCCCAUGCACCCUCCGAGCUUAGAGCCUUGCAGAAGAGAUGUUUGGUCCCCGGGUGGUAUGCCAGCCACAUCGAGAGAUGGCUUGUUUAUUUCCCCCCCUUUCAGUUGCUAAUUAUUGAUGGGCAACAGCUAAGAACUGAUCCAGCUACAGUGAUGGAUGAAGUACAGAAGUUUCUGGGAGUGUCUCCUCAUUAUAAUUACUCUGAAGCUUUAACAUUUGAUUCUCAUAAAGGUUUCUGGUGCCAGUUAUUAGAAGAAGGUAAAACAAAAUGCCUUGGGAAAAGCAAAGGAAGAAAAUACCCCCCAAUGGACUCUGACAGCAGAGCAUUUCUGUCGAGCUAUUAUCGAGAUCGCAAUGUGGAACUCUCAAAGCUGCUGCACAAACUGGGGCAGCCUCUGCCAUCCUGGCUGAGACAAGAGCUGCAGAAAGUGAGAUAGCAUCAAGAGAAAACAUCUUGAGGAUUCAUCUUCUAUGGAACACUCACCUUUUCUAAAGCUUCCAGAAGCUACCAAAAGGCUGUUGAAAAAUAUACCUCUUCAAAUGAGAAAAAAAGAACAAAAUUCUUUCCAUGUGCUGGCAUAUGGAUG